UUCUUCACGAAGCUUCAAGUCUCUGACUUUUAAAGCCCCUCGGAGACCCUCCGUUGUAGCCUUCUUACAGCUUGAAACCCCCCCUAAAACCCUAGCUCGAGAUCUCGGAGCCCCGAAGGAGAAGGACGAGAAUGGCGAAGCGAUUAGUGCCGCUGCUGAACCGCGUGCUGGUGGAGAAGAUCGUCCCUCCCUCCAAGACCACCGCCGGCAUCUUGCUCCCGGAGAAAUCCUCCCAGCUGAAGUCGGGGAAGGUGGUGGCGGUGGGACAGGGGGCGAGAGACGCGCACGGGAACGCCAUCCCGGUCUCCGUCAAGGAGGGAGACACGGUGCUCCUGCCGGAGUACGGAGGGACUCAGGUGAAGCUGGGAGAGAAGGAGUAUCACCUGUACAGGGAUGACGACAUCUUGGGGACGCUGCACGAUUGAUCCCCAUUCUGUGUACGGUUGGUCGGUUUUACUUUCUCUUUCUUUCGGUCGGGUUUUGUUUUUUUGGGCGGAUUUUUCCACUCGAUGUGGAACGACAUUGUCGAGCUCGAGAUCAAAUUUGUGUCCUUUGCGAAUCCUCGUAUUGAAUGCUUUGUGCGAUGUUAGGUUCGAUUCUUCUACGACGCGAAUUGUAGAGUCUGUUUGGUUUAUUUUUC